AAGAGAAACGAGUUUGGCUGGUUGCUAAGCAACAUAACCUAAAGAACCGAAAACAUGGCGAACAAGCAAAGCACAGAAGCUGUUGUGUCCGAGAUCCACAAGAAGAUCAGAGCAGCUUUCAGCCUGUUUGACUUUAAACUGAACAACACAGUGGAUGUCCGGGAGAUUGGCACCAUCAUUUAUUCCCUGGGUUGCUUCCCAUCUAAAGCAGAACUACAGGACUUCAUUGCUGAGAUUGAAGAGGAUCACACCACAUAUAUUCAUUUAGACAAAUUCCUCCCAAUAAUGACCAAAGUGCUGCUGGAGCACAGGUUCAGUCCCAUUUCUCAGGAUCUUCUGUUUCAAGCCUUUGAGGUUCUCGACAAAGAAAAGAAAGGAUACUUGGAGCCCGAGGAGCUGACAAAGUACCUGACAGAGGAAGGUGAGCCCUUCUCUCAGAAUGAGAUGGAUGAGAUGCUGACAGCAGCUGUUGACCAUGAGAAGAACAUCGUUUCUUACAAAGGCUUUGUCAACGAGCUGAUUGUAGAGUCUGACAAAUAGACCAAGUCACUGCAUGUCCCACAAACAUUCAUUAUAUAUAAAGGAUGCGCCUCUGCAUA